AUGAGCACUGAAAGCAUGAUUCGGGACGUGGAGCUGGCUGAGGAGGCGCUCCCCAAGAAGGCAGGGGGUCCCCAGGGCUCCAGACGGUGCUUGUGCCUCAGCCUCUUCUCCUUCCUCUUGGUGGCAGGAGCCACCACACUCUUCUGCCUGUUGCACUUCGGAGUGAUCGGCCCCCAGAGGGAAGAGGUGAGUGCCUCACCAGGUCUCAUCUCUUUCUUUCCUCUUUCCUCCGCAGGAUUAUCUUCUCGAACCCCAAGUAACAAGCCUGUUGCCCAUGUUGUAGCAAAUCAACAAACUGUGGGGCAGCUGCAGUGGAAGAAUCAGGUUGCCAAUGCUCUCCUGGCCAAUGGUGUGCAACUGACAGACAACCAGCUGGUUGUGCCGUUGGACGGGCUGUACCUCAUCUACUCCCAGGUCCUCUUCAAGGGCCAAGGCUGCCCUCAAACCCACUUGCUCCUCACCCACACCAUCAGCCGCUUCGCUGUCUCCUACCCAAAAAAAGUCAACCUCCUCUCUGCCAUCAAGAGCCCUUGCCAGAGGGAGACCACAGAGGGGACUGAGGCCAAGCCCUGGUAUGAACCAAUCUACCUGGGAGGGGUCUUCCAGUUGGAGAAAGGUGAUCAACUCAGCGCAGAGAUCAACCUGCCCGAAUAUCUUGAUUUUGCGGAGUCUGGGCAGGUCUACUUUGGGAUCAUUGCCCUGUGA